AUGCAUUUCAGUCUAGCAUCAUUCCUCACCCUGGCUGGGCUUGCUGCCCGGGCUUCGGCUCACGGCCUCGUUACCAAGCCAGCCACGCGUGAGCCGGGCUCGGCCACGGAGGCAGCCUGCGGCAAGAUCAUGGUUGACUUCUACCGGGCCGAUAACACCUCGUACCCCGAGGCUCUGCUCCGCGCCAACCCCGGCGGCUUGAAGGGCGGCUACGACCCGAAGAAGUGCAACCUGUGGCUCUGCAGGGGCUACCAAUUCGCCGACAAUGUUGCCAACGUGCAGAGCUACAAGCCUGGCCAGGUGGUCGACAUCGAGGUGUGGAUCCGGAUCCCGCACAAGGGAUAUGCCAACGUCUCGGUCGUAGACACGGCCAGCAACACCGUCAUCGGUUCGCCCCUGAAGUCCUGGCCCAGCAACUACGCGGCCACCGCCAACCCGCCUGCGGACCAGACCAAGUUCAACGUCACCAUUCCCGACCUUGGCGGCAAAUGCACCGAAGCUGGUGCUUGCGUCAUCCAGUGGUACUGGCUCGGUCAGGGGCAGACGUACGAGUCGUGCAUCGACUUCACUGUCCCAGCUGCUACUGCCACGGCAGGUGGUUCUUCUCAGGAGCGCAGGAUCCGGGGACAGACCAGGGCUUGA